AGAUAGCUCAACAUUUCAAAAUAAUAAACACAAAAUGUCCGAUCAAAAUAACAAGAUGCUGAAUUAUGUCCACCAAGCUAUAAUUAUGAGUGAAACAAUCAAAAAGGAGCUCAGGCAUCAGAAGUUAUUUACUGAAUAUAGCAUCAAUCCUUUCAAGAAAAUGUGUCCUCUGGCUGAUAAACCAAACAGAAUACAAGAAAUUGACUCAGAAGACAAACAUUUUGCUGAAGUUAUAAAACGUGCUGCAUUGGAACCACCAAAGAAAUAUAUUGAGCCUCAAACAGAGAACCAAGAAUAUGGGUGGAUAAGUCAGCCAUUAAUGGAUAUGGAUAGAUCCGAUUCAAGAUUCUAUCAUCCGAAGGUUUCCUGUGAAAUGACUAAAUUCAUGAGUGCCUAUUGGAAACUAAAUGAACAGCGUAAAAUGAAUUCGUAAUGUCUAGUCUUCAAAUCCAC